CUCUCUCUCUCUCUCUCUCUUUCUCUCUCUCGCUCCAGUGUACCAAUCUAUCUUUAUAAGUACGUGUGAAGCUUCACCAAGAAGGAGAAAAGUUAUUGCGCGCCUACGCUGAUCCUGGUGGACUGAAUAGCUAAUACCAACAUCCUUGCUGUAAUGGCUAGACUAAUUCCCGCCGUAGUCCAUGACUUCUCUCCUUACUUCCGUGUCUACCAAGACGGCUCCAUAGAAAGGCUUGUCACAGAGGAGCACACGCCGGCGUCGAUCGACCCCCACACGGGCGUUACAUCCAAGGACAUCUCCAUCUCCACAGACGUCUCGGCGCGUCUCUACCUACCCAAGCUCGCAGAGGCUCGCCACAAGCUUCCGCUCGUCGUCUACUUCCGCGGCGGCGCCUUCUGCAUGAUGUCAUCCUCCUCACCCACUCUCCACGCCCACCUCAACUCCCUCGUCGCCGAGGCCAACGUCGUCCUGGUCUCGGUGGACUACCGGCGAGCCCCGGAGCACCGCAUCCCCGUCGCCUACGACGACUCCUGGGCCGCGCUGGAAUGGGCGGCCUCCAACCGCGGCGUCGGCGCCGAGCCCUGGCUGGUGGACCACGUCGACUUCGACCGAGUGUUCCUGGCCGGCGACAGCGCCGGCGGGAACAUAGCGCACAACCUGGCCAUGCGUGCAGGUGAGAGGGAGCUGCCGCACGGCGUGAAGCUGUCCGGGAUCGUGCUGGUGGACCCUUACUUCUGGGGCUCAAAGCCGACGGCGUCAGAGGAGGCCAACCCGGAGAUGACUGCCCGUCUCGACCAGUUGUGGCCGAUGGUGUGCCCGUCGUCAGCGAGCGGGAACGACGACCCGCGCGUCAACCCGGUGGCGCCCUCGGCUCCGAGCCUGGCCGGGCUGGCUUGCGCGCGUCUGCUGGUUUGUGCGGCGGAGAAGGACGCCAUGAGGGACCGGGCCAGGAUCUACCACGAGGCUUUGAGGAAGAGCGGAUGGAGUGGGGAGGUGGAGAUGUACGAGACUGCAGGGGAGGAUCAUGGUUUCUAUUUCUCUCAUCCUAAUGGACAGAACGCUAAGCUGCUCGUCAAAAGAAUUGCCACCUUCUUAUGCAGCACAAGCAACUUGGCCAUGUACAAGUGAUAUAUAUACAUAUACAUAUAUGUAUAUAUAUAUAUAUAUAC